UAAGAGAAAACUUCCUUUCAUCUGCUUAAUUAAUUAGUUUCAAAACAUUCCUACAAUAAUGGCCACUUUCAAUUGCUUUGUUUUAGCCUUCUUCAUGGCUUUGUCAUUUUCAAGCAUUAACGUAAGCCAAGCUGCUCGUCACCUUCAGCAAUUGCCCCCAAUGCCAACUUUGCCAACCACGUUGCCGCCAUUGCCAUCGAUCCCAACAAUACCAGCAUUGCCAAAGCCAGGGGCUCUUCCUCCACUACCAAGCAUGCCUAUUUUUCCCACUGUACCUAAUGUACCAACGGCCACACUGCCUCCUCUACCAAGCAUUCCUACUUUUCCCACUUUGCCUAAUGUACCAAUGCCCACACUGGCUCCUCCACCAGCCAUCCCCUCAAUCCCAACCACAAUCCCUUCUAUUCCAUUCCUCUCUCCACCACCUGCUCCUUCUCCUUUGUCGCGACGACUUUUCGAAGUGGCGAACAUGAAAUAAAUUUAGAAAAUUGAA